UCAUGGCGGAGUGUUGUUGCUGCUCCGCACUGGUCCAUCCUUAUGUGUCCUGUGGUCACAUGUAGUAACGUGUUAUAUGAGAUAUUUUGGAUGCAUGCGGGUUUACAGCGUGCCUGCGCUUCAGUACACACGAUCACAAUAAGGCAAAAAUCAUAAAAAGGGGAAAAUAACCGCCGCAGCAAGUGGGACCAGCCCGGGCCUGGCUCCGGUGCGAUGAGGGAGGCUGAAGCUGCUCCCACCGGGGCUCUGGACGCUGCUGCUGCGGUGGCUGCAAAAAUCAACGCUAUGUUGGUAGCGAAGGGUAAACUCAAACCCUCACAGAUAGGCAUCCCGGGACCUCCCGAUAAGGCUGUAGGUGUUGGGAAGCCUCCAGUGCUGUCGAAGGCCAAAGACGACCUGGUUGUAGCCGAGGUGGAGAUCAACGACGUACCGAUCACCUGUCGGAAUCUGUUGACACGUGGGCAAACGCAGGACGAGAUCAGUAAAGUGAGCGGUGCUGCGGUUUCAACCAGAGGGCGGUACAUGGCAGCAGAGGAGAAGGGCAAAGCGCUUCCAGGGGACCGACCUCUGUAUCUGCAUGUCCAAGGACAGACUAGAGAGCUCGUCGACAGGGCAGUGAAUAGAAUCAAGGAGAUCAUCACCAACGGUGUUGUGAAGGCUGCGACCGCCUCGUCUUCAUCACCUUUCUCCCCUAGUGGGGCUUCAGUCACAGUGUACCAGCAUCAUAACCCACCUCCUCCCUCACUGCCCCCCAUGCUCCACCACAAACCACACUUUCAGUCCGGAAUGCAUUAUGUUCAAGAUAAAACCUUUGUGGGCCUGGAGCACGCUAUCCUUGGGUUUGUGGUCAAAGAGCGGGUCGAGGGCCCCGGCUGUUCGUACCUGCAGCACAUCCAGGCUGAGACCGGGGCCAAAGUCUUCCUCAGAGGAAAAGGAUCAGGCUGUUUAGAGCCCGCCUCUGGAAGAGAGGCCUUUGAACCCAUGUACAUCUACAUCAGUCAUCCUAAACCAGAAGGACUUGCAGCGGCAAAAACCUUGUGUGAGAACCUGCUUCAGACAGUCCAUGCAGAGUAUUCUCGCUUCCUCAAUCAAAUGAGCUCAAUGAUGCCGACACAAGGCUUUGCACAGCCUCCGAUGGUGAACGGGAUGCCUCCGCAGCCUCCUUACUACCCGCCAGCUGGAUACCAGCCAGGCUACGCGAUGCCUGUACCACCACCUCAGCCACAACAUGUCUCUCUCCCUUACUCUGUCCCUCCUCCUCUACAUCCCACAGUACCUGCAGGUGUGCCUCCUCAGUACUCCCUCCCCCUUGUCCCCGUCCCUGCUCCCGCUCACAUCCUCGCUCCAUCGCCUGCACCUACUUCGGGCACGAUGCCACAGACUCUUCCUCCUGUACCUUUUCCUUCAUCAGCUGCAGCACCAACUCCCGCCGCUCCAGUCCUACCACCACAGAAGAGACGCUUCACAGAGGAGGUGCCAGACGAGAGGAACAGCGGCCUGCUCGGAUACCAGCAUGGACCCAUUCAUAUGACUAAUUUAGGUGCAGGCUUCCCAGUGGGCAGCCCAGAGGCUACAGGACCCCCACCGCAGAGUCCCUCUGGCCCGCCGACUGAGAGGGACAGUCGGCAGCUAAUGCCUCCACCUCUGCUGCCUGUGAAUGGAGUGAGACCCAAGAUGGAGGAGAGAAGGGCAACGCAAGGCCCCGUGGAGCACUCAGGGAAGCGAUUGAAAACUGGUUUGGUGGCGUACACCGGCGACUCUUCAGAUGAAGAGGAAGACCACUUCAUCUCCAAAGCCUCAGGGCCAGGUAACCCUGGGACAGUUCCCCCCACCUCAGGCUGGGCACAGGGCUACCGCUGCCCUCCUCCACCACCCACUCGAGCUAAAACACAGCCACAGCAGCAGCAGUCUAUGCCUUUCUGGAUGGCACCCUAAAACAGGAAAAACUCCAAACUCCCUCAGUGCUUUGUGCCGAGUCUUACAAGAUGUUCACCCAAACUGAGCCUGUGUUUCUCCAUCACUCAUCACAUGGAUGACUCUUAACAGCUACGUGUUGGUUGCAGCAUAAUCUUAGUGCUUCGGUCCAAAUGGACUAAUUUAUGUUUUGUUACUUUUUCUUUUGGUGCACACAUUAGUUUGAAGAUGAACAUUUGCAGGACUGAUACUCAAGCUAUUUUGUGGAUGUAUAGAUGGUCAGAUGAGCGACAUUCUGCCUCCAGUUUGAUUUGAAAACAGAUGCCAGGUGAAGUUUUUGAAUAUUGUGUUGUCACAAGGCAAUGAUCACUGACCACUUUUCGUUUAAUCCCUAGUACAGCUUUUUGUACUUUGUCCCCUUUUCCAAGUCACUGACAUCAUCCUUUCCUAUUCUGAUCUUUUUGUACAGAUCAUAUUGGACUAAUACGUAGUAAAGCUAUUGGAUUUAUUCAUGCUUUUAUGAAAUAAAUAAACUUAAUUUA